AUGUCCAUCACGUUAUACGAGAACGAAAAGUCACGUACAGAAGGAAAAGGGGUCACGUUUACACAGUCACGAGCGAGUCUUCUCAAAGACGGGAAAUUCACAAUAGCAGAUGUUAAAGCCGGAAACUGGAUCUUCUACGAGGGCCAAGACUACCAUGGCCCUUUAGUGAAGACAGUAAGAAAUGUUGAAAAACACGUAACCAUAAAUGGCGUAAUUGGCUCCGUGUUCCUGGUAGAAAAACCCUCACUCAUUUUGUUUAAGGACUUUGGCUAUCGUGGAGAGAGGAAGGUACUACGAAUAUAAUUAGUGAACUCAUUCAGUAAUAACUGGGGAAACCUAUGUUCUCUUUGUUCUACUUUACUGUUUAUAAUAAAAACAACGCAAAUAUAUCAAAGGCCUAUGAGAACAAUUAUGAGACACCAAAGAUUUUUUUUUUACUUCAGAUUCAGCUGAAGCCGGUUAGAAUAGAGAUUUCAAUGGCUUUGAUUUGAACAGGCUUUGUUUUGUCAACUCUGGUCUGGAAUCAUUAUUUUCAAAAGAAAGUACUUUAUCGUAAAAAAAUUAUCUUGCAAUUCAAUAAUCUGCUCAGAGAGGUACUAUUAUGAAAUAACUUAAUUUUAACAUGCUCAUUUUAGUUCAGUCAAUUUUUAAUAUCAAUAUGUGUUUGCAAACAAAAGCCUUAUCGGCCUAGCUGAAAUCAUGUAUCAGAUACUUUUAGCUACACAAAUUCAGGGUUUUAGUUCGGGUUAGGUCAAAUCUUGAAAUUUCAAAAUUCUGCAUGCCAAACUAUUGUAAUUUCAAAAUUUGUUAACUUACCAGAAAUUGACUCACCGUGAUAACCCUGGGAGGGGGGGAGGGGGGGUUACUCGACCAAUAUUUGGGUAUAGGUGAGCCGCUGAGGGUUUGACCCUGUUUAGGACAAAAAAUUCCUAAACUAUAUACCCCGUUUAGGACAACACAAUCAAUUUUAGUACAUUGUUUAGUACCCUGUUUACACUAAGACAAAAUCGAUCGUGCAUGUUUAUAAUUAGAACAGACUCGCACAAAUCAUGCACACUGUUUAGGACAGACUUGCGCGUAAUUGUAUACCCUGUUUAGGACAGUCGUGCGAAAUUAUAUACCCUUUUUAGGACAGAGAGGACGAAAACCAUACCCCGUCCAGCGGCAUAUCCCCGUAUAGGCCAUAUAAGGGAGUACUCCCCCCUCGGGGGUGAUAACACACGGUUAAUAAAUCACCACGUUGGCGUAAAAUCCCAGGGCUUUCUCAGAAGUGGGCGGCAAACUUCGAACUAAAACGUUUGCCAUUACCCCUCCCACCACCCCGGAACAGAUGUAGCCGCUGUUUGGAAGAGAAGUCACCAAUGGCGCGUUUCCCUGACUCCAAACAAUACUAAAACAAUAGAAAGAAUGACAUGUCAUUGUUUCCUGCGACCAAUUAGGAGAGACCUUACGAGCAGCUGCUACACUACUCUUGAUCUGAAACGAGCUAAUAUUUCACGACUGACAUAUCCGCGAAGUAAUAAAGUGAAUUCCCCAGGGGCGUUACUCACCAAUGUUUUAUACGGGGAGACUCCACCGCUUUUUCGUUGUAUUGGUAAUAUGCGAAAUCUUCUCGAUUUGAAGAAACUUGGCGCGCAAGGUGGCCCCGGUUAAUUUUUCAGCAUGCGCGCAAGGCGUUCUUGAGAAAUUCUGGAAACACAUCGUUGACUUGUCUCCAUUUCCGCCAUCUCCCGGGUCCGGUCUGGGGAUGAGUGCGGGCUCAUUUUCCCGAACAGCGGCUGGUAAUCUAGCCUCCCACGCAGGCGUUUUUAGGGAAGCUCGUCUUUCUUGUGGGGAGGGAUGAAAGACGAGCUCCCCUAAACACGCCUGCGAGGGAGGCUACUGGUAAUCGAGCCUAGUCGUUGACCGGUCAGCAUUAGAUUCCAUCCUCCAGAACCUCCCCUCUUAAGUCUCUACUCUUUCUACUCUUAUACUACUACAUGAAAAAUUUCUGCAAUUUGAUUGGCUUAGAGCGGUGGUAUUUCAGCUUAAUUUGAAAUCCCUACAUGUGAAAAUUACAAACCUUUUGCGGGUAAUAGUAUAAACAAAUAAUAGCAUGAUUUGUACAUGAUAUUUUGCAUAAAUUCCACUCGUGGUAUUACAAAAUUGUCUCAAAUUUCACUUGCCUAACGGCUCGUGAAUUUACGUAAAACAAUUUCGAAAUGGCCGUUUUUAUGCUAGAGACGGUUAAAGUCGUCUAGACGCAUUUAACGUCUGAGACGUUAAAGUCGUCUAGUGUAAAAACGGGACGCACAAAAGUAGACGACCUUAUUUAAAAAAGUAGAUUUUUCUGAAAAAAGGACUAGGCUCUACUCUCGGAAGACACUGGACACGAGUUAAAGCGGCGCCAAAAAUGAACUUCAAGCUAGCAAACUUCCUAGUUUACGACGUCCCGUCUUUAUACCAGACGACUUUAACGUCUGAGACGUUAAAGUCGUCUGUUAAGUGCGUCGUUCGGACGCACUUAACAGAAGACGUUAAAGUCGUCAGACGUUAAAGUCGUCUGCCUUAUUUACCGUUUUUAUACUAGACGUUAAAGUCGUCUUAAGACGACUUUAACGUCUCUAGCAUAAAAACGGCCAAUAUCACUUGUGGUAUUUAUGCCAAAUAUCACUACAAAUCAUGCUAUUACCUACACUUCUAGUCUUUCUCUAAGGGUUGAUUUCCAUUGUCGCAUAAUUUUUACGUGCGUAAAUUUUACGUGCGCAAAUAAGAUAAAGGCAACGCAUGAAGGGUCGCUCGUAAGCGUAAAAGUUAAACCUCGCUCAACUUCACGUUUAAUCUCAACACUUUGGGUCGGAUAUUUAAACGAAGUCUAACUUAAAACGCGGUUUAGGAAAUCUUUGGACUUUUAAAUCUCGUCCAUAGUGGGUUAUUUUAAGAAGACAAAUGCUUUUCUAAUCUACGCCUUAUGCUUUCAUGAAACAGUUCACGAUAAAUCGUGUUUAUAUAAAAGCGUUCGGGAAACUGUAAAUGGUUUAGAACGGCGGUUUUGUUAAACACUGGCUAAACUCCGUUUAAAUAACUGGCCCUUUAUAUCUUGUCUUAUUUUUUGUUUACGCGAUUAAAAUUUACGUGCGUUCCCCUGGUUAACACGUGCCAAAAAAACGCGUCAGUGGAAAUCUACCUUAAGUCUAAGUCCCCUCAAUUAUUUUUGGGAAGUGAAAAGGGAAAUUGACUGUGGCAUUAGCGGGAUCCUAACCCGCGGUCUUAAAAAACCGAACUCUAUCGCCUAUACCACUACACCACAGUGGAUUGCUCAGAAAAUGAGGCGUUCGUUUUACAUUAUUUCUAGUGACAAACCUAUAAGUAAAUUAAAGUUAACCACUUAGAGUCAGUGCUUAACCCAAAUCACUAUAACGUUUUUCGCGAAGUUUUCAGAAAAUGUCAUAACCAUAGAAAUAGAGUUCUAAAGUGAUGACGUCAUAAAAAUAAAAUUUGGGAAUUUAAAGGAUUUGUCAAGAUAUUCAGAAAGAACAAUGUCCAAAACACCUACUUGCCAAAAAUUAGCAUUUCGGGGCAAAUUGUCUCAAAUUGCAAAUCCUUCUAAAUAUGGCUUGGGUCUAAACGUUUAGACCCUUUGGGGCGGCACACCAUCAUCAUCAUCAUCUUUUUUUAUUUAAACAACUUGGGUUUUAAAGCUGAUACAGCUUAUCGAGCACAUACCUAUAAACUGCAGCUAUAAAGUAAAUAUAAGGGAGCACCCCACCCCCGGGUAAAAUCCCUAUCCUUUCAAAUACCUAAAGCCUAAAAAAGGUACAUCAUUCGGGCGUAGCCUCCCCCGCAUAGGUCAUUAUAGGAAGUACCCCCUGGGGGGUUGAAUUCCAGCUUGGUUAGUUUUUUUUUUUUUUUUUUUUUUCAGUUUCUAGCCGUGUUGCAUUUAAGAGGAAGUCUAAUGCUGAUCCAAACGUCACAAUCAUCUUUACUGACAUAAUCUGAGUGUUAUCUUUUUAUUAUUAUUAUUUUCUUGUAGUGGUUUCAAGACAAUCAGGAAGAUCUGACCGGAUUAUUCCCAGCAGAAACAGGACAAGACGACAAAAAGUCAGGCGUCUCCUCUGCUAUCUUGUUGUCUGAGACCCGGUCCGUAGUUUUGUUCACCGAAGCCAAUUUUGGAGGCAAGAAAUAUACU